AUGGUGGCUCUGGACUGCGUGGGUAAAAUAACCCCUACGGAGAGUACGGAGGUGUUCGCGGCGUGCUCGGUGACGACGCUCGACAGAACGAGGAGGGACAUCGAAUCGCAACUGCUGCACCAUGACCCAAAGUCGAGAGGACACAGCAUCUGGUGGACGUUGGGCAUCGAUAUACCUUUGUUCGCGAUCGUGGCUGCUCUGGUCUUGCUUCAAGAGAUGGGUAUGUUCCCCCAGCGAAAGAGCGGUUUCUUCUGCAACGAUCCGGCACUCUCUUACCCUUACAAAGGCGACACAAUAUCUAUGGGCGUCAUAAUAUCCACAAUCGUCGCGUGCCCUUUGGUUGUGAUAUUCCUCACGGAGCUGGCGUUUCAUGGGCCUGGGCAGUCGAUACGCGACCGGCUGUGCUGUUCUGCCGUCGAGACCAUGCUGCUGUUCAGGGGUUACGCUUACGGCUUGUUCAUCAACUUAACUAUAGUGGAGGUGAUGAAGGCCGUCACCGGCUUCCCGAGGCCCACCUUCUUCGACAUCUGCGAGCCUGACGCCGCUUUGACUUGCAAUGGGUCUGAGUUCGUCAGUGCCUUCGAGUGCACUUCACAGCGCUUCUCCGCCUGGUACCAGAUGGACUCCUACCACAGCUUUCCGUCGGGGCACACGUCGCUCUCAGUAUACUGCGGAUUUUUUAUUGCGUGGUACUUGCAAACGCGCGCGUUCGACUGGCAACACCGAACAGUUCUGCUGGUACCAGUUCUGCAGUUGGCGUGCGUGGGCUACGCCGCCGUCUGCUCUCUGAGCCGCCUGACAGACCACCGCCACCACUGGUGGGAUGUCCUCACUGGUACCGCGGUCGGAGUCCUCUGCUUGCUGUAUACGGUGCUAGCUCUCUGCGACUCUUUCUCGCCCGAGAAGAGAUCACGCACGCACGCCACAGACGAAACAAACCUGCCCUCCACCAGAACAUCAAUUUACGAAGAUAGAAUACAAGCGCCUGUAACU